ACUACAAGUAGGCGGCAUGCAAAAGACAAUUCUUUCAAUCAUCGCCUUGACCCUCUUCGGGCUCGCCAAUGCUCAAAUCAACUCCGGUGGUGCCUGCCCAAAUCCGCCAGUGCAGAGUGAUUUCAACUUUUCGUCUUAUUCGGGCACUUGGCAUGAAUACGCCAAGUAUCCUGCUAGUUUCGAGGGUAACUCUAAGUGUGUGACAGUGGUAUUCUCGCCAGAAAAUCUAAGUGAAGUAUAUAUACUGAAGAGAAUGGUUAAUCCAUCUACCGGCAAAAGUAAGAUUAUCGUUGGUGAGGGCAAGGAGAUUUCGAAUAGUAAGUUUAUGGUUACUUACAAAGAUCCCAAAAUUCCUACCAGCUAUUGGAUUUUGUCUACCGAUUACGAGAACUACGCUAUUAUUUACACCUGCGAACCCGCUAGUGGCAACACACAUAACACAUAUGUUUGGAUCCUAACCCGCUCACGGAGACCCUCUGCUGCUGCUGUUAUGAAUGCUGGAAAAUUCUUGAGUUCAAAUGGAAUUUCUCUCGCACCAUUGACUAUUACGGAUCAAAGUAAUUGCAGGGAUUGAUAAUUGCUCCUAAAUGUUUAAAAACUGUAUUUGAAUGGAUUGGUACGGAAUUUUGAAUGAAUAGGCUACAUAGUUUAAACAAAAAUCUAGAAAAAAUAUGUAUUCCUAACAUCUAUAAUUGGCGAAACUAACUUCUUAUUAAAUAUAGUAUCAAAUAAAUAAUCACUUCUGAACCAAAUA